UCUCUCUCUCGCUCCUUCUCCCUUCCUUCCGUUAUUCUCUCCGCUUCCCGGAGUAAUUGGAGGAAGUUUUCGGAGUCCGGUCCUCAGUGAGCGCUGAGUGACAGGCAGGUCCGCGGACUUGUUGAUGCGUGGAACAGGUUGUGUUUGCUGCGGCGUGACAGGAAACCGGUGUCGAAUCGCAACCGUCUCCAGAAGUUGCAGCUGAGUCCUAACUUCAUUCUACACGCGUGCACCGCUUGUGUCUAUUUGUAUGUUUCGGGGGCAAAGUGGCGGGAAAGUGUGUCAUAUCUCCUCGACGACCGUUUUUUUUCCCGUAGAUAUUAAUCCGUAGAAUUACAGCAACAUGUUGUCGGAUUUAAGCCUUGGAGGUGACGUCAUUCCGGGUUGACGUCAUCUCUGGAGUUUGCUGGAAAUGUGCUGAGUCUGCUGAUAUUCAUGAGUGCGACAGACGGCGAGCGGUUUUUCUGUCUGUCUAUCGACUGUCUCGCCGCUCGUCGGUUUGUUGACACUUUUACCUUUUUAAGGAAGCGCAGGAGGCACGCGCACCCAUGAAGUCACCUCUGGCUCGUGAAAGGAGGGCAGCGGCAGGUCCGAACCUGCCAGGAGCGCCCUCCCUCUGCCAUCCCUGGUUCCUGUUUUCUCCUUCCAUUCAUUGUUUUCAUCUCCCUUUAUCUCUCUUCUCAUCCCCAACUUUCCUCCCUCUACCAUAAAACCUUUCCAUUUUCUACCACAUCGAUCCAACUCUCCCCAAAUUGACUCCCAUUUUCAAAGUUUUUAACUCAUAAUGUCGUCAUUAAACGACAUAAAUAUGUGUAUUUAACCAAUAUGUUUUAAGUAGUUUACUUAUUAUAUUUCUUAAUAUAGCUCAACUACUUCCCUGUGGCACUGAAUCAGAUGUCUGAGCACUAAAAAUGACCCAUCUAUUUUUACCUGUAUUCUGGCUUUCACCACCUAGUUAGAGAAGAUGGAGGUCAAGUUUGGAUAGUGUCAUGUUGUGGGACCCCCCACUGACAGGACUCCUGGGCAGCAUCUAAUCUCUUCUAGCUCCAGACCUCUACAAGGCAAAUAACCACUCUGUGUUUCCAAGUUGGAGCCAGUUUUAUUUAGCACCUCUGACAGCAUCUCUGAAAGAUGGUGCUGAGAAAAAUUGCCAUGGGAAAUUGUCAUUGCAAUUCACCUGUUAUACAUCCUCUCUGUAGCAUUUGUCACUGUCCGGAUCAUACAUGCGUUGGCGAAUGCCCUACAUUUUUUUUUUAAUGAGGAGAAAAUCCCAGUUGCCUGUGUCAUUCCAAUGGCUUCGCAGUGUUAGUGCUUACAUUCGAAACUGUUGUUUUCCAUCUUCCUGUUAAAUCACUCUGCAAUUAAAUUCAUUUUUAUGGUUUUAGCCUUGCUGAAAAUGCUAUAAGAAAUAAAAAAAUAAAAAUAAAAUUAAAAAAAUUAAUUUGCACCAUGAAAAGCUCAAUGCUGACCUUAUUAAUCUCUCCGUACUUCACUGAAUGAGUGUUGUGAAUUUUACUACUCUUUAGUGCGCCUAAUAAAUCAAAAAUGGAUGUGCUUGCAUGGAUGGAGGCAAGACUGCAAAAUAUGCUUCAAAAUAUAAUCCUCUCUAAAUUGUUUUUGAUUUUAAUAUUCCUCAAUUUAUAUUAAGAGCAAUUUAAAGAGUACUGAAAGAAUGCGGCUAAUUUCUGAAAUCCUCUACAUCAGUAUAUUUCAAAAUCUAAACGUAAAUACCUAUUUAUUAUUAGAUUGGAAUUGAGAUCUAAACUAAUAUUCCCUAUGAUGUCCAUAUAGUGAGUAUCAAUAAUGACUAGACUGCUAGUCAAGCUGCUGCUUGUGUUUGCGUCAAGAUUUUUCACAUGUAACUACAUAUUGUUAAAUUAGUAUCAUAAAAGAAAGAUCUGAUACUAGGAACCAGAUAAUAAUCUGUUUUAAAAGUGUAAAUUGAGGAUGUCAGCAGUCUUGUUAUAAGGAUGCUGCUGUGUGGUUGUAUCUCUGGGAGCGUAUUUCUUCAUUGCAACUGGAAACAGUGGCCUGAUGUGAUUAUAAGUGGGGGAUCGGUCUCAAGUAGGUGCCAACGAAAGCAAGUCACUAAGAAGCCUGCAGAGUUCACUCAAACACAGGCAGCUCUUUACAUAUCAAGCCUCCGGUGGGGGGUAAUUAUGGCCACUUAUUUGCGGAGUCUGCCGCAUUUCUUUCAUUUUCCACUGAAAGAAACAAAGUCAUCAGUUCACUGACCUCUGGCUGCCCUCUGACCGCUUCAUGAAUGAGACAUACUGACCCAGAUUUGGUGAGACGCAAGAGGAAAAGUUAAAAAAGAUGAUGACGUGAGGGGAGGAAGAUGCCGUUCAGUACAGACAUUUCAGGCCAGUAGAGAGCACUCAAGUUUGAUGUCUUUGAUGUGCUCAGAGUCUCUCUGGGAAGUGUAGGUGGCUUUUGUGUCACUUUAGAUUGUACUGUUGUGUGGUUGAUUCUGUAAAACAAGCCUCUGAACAUGAAACAUUUGUAAUGUAGUUGGGAAGUUUGGAUACUAAUUUGGCCUUAAAUAAAGAAAUGUUAUUGCUCCCGAAUAUUUUUGUCUGUUAAAUUGGGUGCUUUAAAAUGUCCAGCUUUUUGCCCUUAAGCUGAAGUCAGUUGGUCAUUUGACAGGCUUGUUUAAAGAUGACCUCCAACCCUCUGUAAAAACAUCACUGUUUUGUUCUUUUAUGUGGGUUAUCAUUUGCAGUUUUUAAUCUCUGCCAAUGACUUUUUUUACCUUAUGUUCAAUGCAGGUUCGGGCGAAGAUACACUUAUGCACACAGUCUUUUCUCUAAUGUUUCAGAGUGACCGUCCUCCCCUGACAAAAUAUUAUUUUCACCACAUUUUCACUUGACCCGACUUCUGUGUAUCUGAUAACAAUACUGAACUGCAAAAGAGCCAAAGUUUUUAACAUGAGGUGCCAAGGAAGAAGUUCAGUGCCUUCAAUUUAAAAAAAUGUUUGCUUUGAUUUGAACUGCUUUAGUUGGGAAAAUAUGUUUGUGUGAGUCAUCCACUAUUGUCCAUGUUAUGUCCAAAUCCUGAGUGUUUACUUCUUGAAAGCCUUGGAUCACAGUCAUCAUGUCUAAUUUUAAUUGUUCAAUUGAACACAACAGUUUAAUCAAAUCUGAAUUGUUGUUUGCGCUGCAGCACGUAACGUUAAGUCUCGAGCAAAACAUCCAUCAGCCCUGGCUCAUGACCAACCCGGCUCGUAAAUCCUGGAUAAUGAGAGGACGAGUGAAUCGGUUGGCCUUGACUAAGUGAUAUAUGGGAGUGUUUGCUUCUGCCUGUGUGGGACAUGAAUGACAAACAGGAAAAGCCAUACGUGUGCCAGGCUCCAGGCUGCUCUCAGCGUUUCCAGUUAGAGGAGCAUCUGCUCAUCCACCGACACAAACAUGAGAUGACCCUCAAGUUUCCCUCCAUCAAGACGGACACAGCCUUUUCAGAUCAGACACCCACACCGACCCAUUUUUUACAAAACUGUGAAGAAGUUGGCCUCUUCAAAGAGAUCGAGGAGGAGUUCCUGCAGGCACAGGAGGAGGAGAAGAAGAAGCAGACUCUGUCUCAUAAUGGACCCUCAUGUAUGAACCCGCAGCAGCUCCAGCAUCCUCCCCAACACCAGCCACAGCUCCAUCACCCCCAGGGCAUUGGCUCCUUGAUGGGCCCAUGUUGCAGCCUGGCCACCCAGCAAACCUUGUCCUCCUCCCAGUCCGGCUCAGUCAUCACUCAGGCGCCGUCUUCUCUCUCACACUCAGGGCCGUUGUCUGGACCUCUCUCCUCCCUCCUCUACAUGCGAAACAGACAUCGACAACCACUGCCAGCCUCUUUACCUGGACCCCUACCAGAUCCCGCCAUGCAAGGGGCAUCUGCUCAGCACCUGCCACUGGAGAAGCAGAUGUCCUGCGUAAUGGGUGUACCUGGUCCCGUACACAACCCGUCUUGUUCCUCGCCUCAGAGGUGCAAACAAACGGUGGGCCAUCAUUACCAACAGCACCACCCUGGAAUGUUACCUCUUAACUCACCCAUGGGUCACAUGAUGGAGAUGAUGUCACAGCGCCAACAGGCUCCUCCACUACAGCAUCAUCAUCACCAACCUCCUCAACAUCAUCAUCAUCACCACCAUCAUCCGUCUCUCACCUACCAGCAACAGUGUCACACGUCGCCCCCGCCGCACCACGGGAGCUCCCAAAACCACCAUCAGAAUGCAUCUCAUCUUCCGGCUCACCAGUCCCCCCCUCCUCACCUGCACCCCUGUUCGUCACCUGCACUCUCUGUCCCUGCACAGGUGUCACCUAUUGCACAGCACAUGCAGCAGUCCCACUCCCAUCAUGCAGUGCGGUCAGGUAGCAGCAGCAGCUGCAGCAACAGUGGUGGGGGUGGAGGCGGCGGAGGAGGAGGCGGGGCCAGCCGACGGAGGAGGACCACGGAGCAGGACCCGGAUGAGCGCAGACAGAAGUUUUUGGAACGCAACAGAGCUGCCGCCACAAGAUGCCGGCAGAAGCGAAAACUGUGGGUGUCGUCACUGGAGAAGAAAGCAGAAGAGCUGACGCACACAAACCUGCAGCUACAGAACGAGGUGACGUCGCUGAAGUCGGAGGUGGGUCAACUGAAGCAGAUUCUGCUGACUCACAAGGACUGUCCUGUCACGGCGCGGCAGAGGGAAGCUCACCCACUGCAGGAGGAAGUCCCGCCUCUCGAGACACACGUCUCCAGCACCACACAGUAUCCACUUCCUCCGCCACUAGGGGGCAGCAGUCAUGACUAUUUGAAGUACCCCAGACUCAAAUAAAGUGUGUCUCUCAUUGAUCUAAAUCCAGGACAGAACGACACUGAACUUCUGUUGUGAACGACUCGAUCAGAUUUGGAAAUAUUCUCCUAAAACUGACUUAACUUUCUUAACUGGAUCCUCUUAUUUAAUUCUCUCAUUCAAGUAUUUUCUGCACAUGCUCAGUCCGUCUUGCUUAUGUAUCCUGCACUUUGUUGCACUGAGGACAAACUGUAUUAGUUGGUAACUAAUAUGAAAGCGCACCUUUUGCCUUCUCUUGCAAAUGAAACACAAUCAAUGUAUUUUUCUAAUUCCUAAAGUCGUGCUCUUGUAAAUAAGCUUGCCAAGCCAUUAAAUUGUACAGUAUUUUAUCAGUAUUUUGUUGACAUUUAACACACAAAGAGAGAGUGAAUGAAUUAUGGGCUGCUUUUUUUGUACUGUGUGGACGUUGACAAUCUUUGGCAAGUCUCAUACUGAAAUAAAAAUACUUAU